ACAGGUGGUAUUCCAUAAAAUGUCUCCCAACGAGACUCUAUUCUUGGAAAGUACCAACAAGAUCUACAAAGAUGAUAUUUCCAACAGUUCAUUUGUGAAUUUCCAAAUAUGGGAUUUUCCUGGACAGAUGGACUUUUUUGAUCCAACGUUUGAUUAUGAGAUGAUCUUCAGAGGAACAGGUGCUCUAAUAUAUGUUAUCGAUGCCCAGGAUGACUACAUGGAAGCUUUAACAAAACUCCACACCACGGUUUCUAAAGCCUACAAGGUCAAUCCAGAAAUGAACUUUGAAGUUUUUAUUCAUAAAGUUGAUGGUUUAUCAGAUGACCACAAAAUAGAAACUCAGAGGGAUAUUCAUCAAAGGGCCAAUGAUGACCUUACAGAUGCUGGACUUGAAAAACUUCACCUUAGCUUUUAUUUGACCAGUAUCUAUGACCAUUCAAUAUUUGAAGCCUUCAGUAAAGUGGUACAGAAGUUAAUUCCGCAACUGCCAACACUGGAAAAUCUACUAAAUAUCUUUAUAUCAAAUUCAGGCAUUGAAAAAGCUUUUCUCUUCGAUGUAGUCAGCAAAAUCUACAUCGCAACAGACAGUUCCCCUGUGGACAUGCAGUCGUAUGAGUUGUGCUGUGACAUGAUUGAUGUAGUGAUAGAUGUUUCCUGUAUAUACGGGUAAGUGAUGAAUACUCUUAGGAAAAAAAAAUCCUUAAAAGUUGUAGAAUAGGUUGCAAACUACACAAGUCACGUUGGCUUCAUCAUUCAACCAGACACUAUCAGCUGGUCUGGAAACCACAUUCUUUCUGCAAGCAAUUA